AUGUUGCCUUGUUCGAGUAGCACUCUAUUUUUCAUCGCUUGUGCGGCCUCAAGCCUAUGUCUGUUAUCCUAUCUAAUUGGAUUCUCAUGUGAAUUAUCAUGGAUAUUGGAAUCACCAAACACUCUGCCAGUGGCGUCGCACAUUUUGUGUGCGGGGGAGUUAUUAGUUUUCAUUGCCUGUACUGCAUUAGUUUACGGACUCGCAACGGGUACGCAUUUAGGAGCUGUGAUUUGGGCAUCUGUCCUAAUUGUAUUUAUGGUUCCUGAACUAACUUUAGUUAUAUAUACAGUAACUCAUCAUUGGGGCCUUCAAUCCAACCAUGGUCAAACCGAAUUAAUAGGAUAUUUAAUUCGUUUGCUUUUUGAUAGUGUAGCAUUACUCUGUGUCAUUCCAUUAAUUUUAAGAUGGCGAGAGGAACAAAGAGUAUUAUCCCAAUUAGAAAUGCUCACUUCUCGUUCGCAUUUAUCUGCAGCCCACAGCCCACGCUUGACCCAGUCAACCAGGAGCAGUAUCCGGUCAGUAGUCAGCAAUGCGAGCAAUGGUCGCCAACAUAAAAAAUUAAAUGGAACGAAAAAUAACGCAUACGUAAACGAUGAACUGGAUAACUGUAGUGUAAAAAGUGGAAUCUAUGACAGCCAAAGUGAGUUCGAUGCUAGUUUGUUUUCGCCAACAGCUUUAUAUGAUCAACAUAACGCGAUGUAUGGAAAACGAGCGCAAUCACUAAUGGACUUGCGUGCUGUAAACCCACCAGAACAUUUACUCCGCAAACCAUCGGACUCCAAUUUCAUAGCAGCUAUGAAACAGUACUGGCUUGCCAACACAUUGAAACAAGACGGCCUGGACGAUUCCAAUUUAUUGUUCGAUAAGAAAUUUAAUUAUUACUAUAAACAGAAUAGCAACAAAAACAAAGAACCACUAGAAAAUUUUCCCCCGCAGCGAAAAAGUCAGUCAUUAGUGGAUUUAAAUAACGCCUCAAAAAAUGAAGUGUAUAAAAAUAAUUUGUUUAGAUACGAAAUGAAACCUAAUAACAUGUAUUUAGGUGUGCCACCGAAUGUCUAUAAUAUGCCGAUGGGAUAUCCUAUUUAUCACAUGCCAGGAUUUUACAUGCCACACAUGAGAUCUGUUGCUGAUAAUGGACAAGGAAGUUAUUAUUAUACCAGCAGCAAUAAUGUUUGCUAUAUACCACCAGAUGUUUUAGGAUCCAAUAGAAAUAGUAGAUUAUCCUUAGGAUCAGAUGAUUUCACAAAAUACCGUGAUGUAGCUUUAUGAUAACUGUACGAAAUACAGAUAAUAAGAUUCUGGUCUGCUCUAUCAGCCAAAGUUAUUUCUAUAAUACAAUAAAUGUCAAUAAGUAAUGUUGCAUUUAAUUUAAUAGUACUACGUAUAUAA